AUGGUCGCCGGGCAUGGUAUCCUCGCCGUGGUCACUGUCCUGCUCGUACUUCCGUCAGCCCGUCCUCUAGAGGACAGCACGUGCGACCCCAGCACCACCUUCGCGCCCAACAGCACCUAUCAGGCGAACCUGAACCUCCUCGCCGCGGCGCUCCCGGGCAACGCCUCCUCCGCGCCGGCCGGCUUCGCCACCCUCUCCGCCGGCACGGCGAGCCGGGCCUACGCGAUGGCGCUCUGCCGCGGGGACGUCAACGCCUCGUCCUGCGCCGCCUGCGUGUCGCUGGCGUUUCGCGCCGCCGGCCAGAGCUGCCCCAACAACACGGGCGUCACCAUGUACGAGGACGACUGCGUCCUCCGCUUCGCCAACCGCCAGUUCUUGGACUUCCUCAACGCCGACCAGUGGCAGGCCGGCGAACUCAGCAUCCAAACCACAACGGCUGACGGGAGCGUUCCGGCGGUCGCGGUUUCCUGGUUCAGCGCCGCGGCCACAACCAUCCUCACCGCCGUGUCUGCUGCUUCGAGCAACUCGACCUCCGGCGCCGGCGACGCCCAGAAGCAGUACUUCGUCACGGGCGAGGUUGACUUCGACCCCAGGAUCUACGCGCUCGCGCAGUGUGCGCCGGUCCUGACGCCGGAGCAGUGCAGCAGUUGCCUCGGGCAGCUCCUUGUGCAAAUCAAAGUCGAUCUGAGCACCAAACCCCCAUGGGUUACAUCACGUGUGGAGUGGUGCGACCUGAGGUAUGACGUGCGGCCGUUCUACGAGGGCCAGGCCAUGCUGCAGCUUCAGGCGCCACCUCCGCCGUCAUCUGCUACUCCGGAGACCCGAGCAGAGAAGAAAAAGAGUAGUGCAGUAGGGAUCUCUGUGGGCAUUGUUUGUUCGCUUGUAUUGAUAUUGAUCCUUUCGGCUUUGGCGUUCAUUCGCUUCAGGAGAAGGAUCAACAAGGCAACCGAGCAAGACAACCCAUUCAAGAAAAUCUCGAGAGCGCAGUGCGUGAUCUACGAUUUGCCUGCGCUGCAAGAGGCAACUGAUAACUUCUCGCAGAGGAAUAAGCUCGGAGAAGGUGGUUUUGGUGCUGUGUACAAGGGGAUACUCCCGGACGGGCAGGAAAUAGCAGUGAAGAAACUUCUGGGAACAGCUGGGCAUGGUUUGGAUCAGCUGCACAAUGAGGUGCUGAUGCUGGCAGAACUUCAGCACAAGAACCUUGUUCGGUUACACGGGUUUUACUCGCAUCGGGAUGAUACACUUCUUGUUUAUGAGUACAUCAAGAAUGGGAGCCUUGACAACUUUCUAUCUGAUGAUACCAGAGAGGAAGAACACACACUAGUUUGGGAGCAGCAGUACAACAUCAUCAUUGGCAUUGCCAAGGGAAUAUUGUAUCUUCACGAGGACUCGAGCAUGAGGAUUAUCCACCGGGAUCUGAAACCCAACAACAUACUUCUUGAUGACGACAUGGAACCGAAAAUUGCUGACUUUGGGUUGGCAAGGCUGCUUGGCGAAGGUCACACACAUACCAAGACAUCUGGAGUUGUUGGAACACUAGGUUACAUGGCUCCGGAGUACGCGAUACAUGGACGUGUGUCACCCAAGAUUGACAUUUUCAGCUACGGUGUAUUAGUCCUCCAAAUCGUUACUAGGAGAAGGGAGUGUUGGUCUGCAGAUGGCAACACUGUGAAUCUCCUCACUGAGGUAUGGAAUCACUGGAAAAAGGGAACAAUCUCGCAAAUGAUGGACCAAGCACUCGAUCAACAUACUCGAAGCCAACAGCUGCGAUGUGUGCACGUCGGGCUGAUGUGUGUCCAAGCAGACCCGGACCACAGGCCUGAGAUAUCGACCGUCAUUUUCAUGUUAACCAGGGACAACAUGGAGCUUCAGCUACCAAAGGAACCUGCAUUCUUCUUCGGGAGUGAGCCAACUUCUGAUUUCGUGUCGGGAGAGGACAUUUCUGUGAAUGAGGUUUCAUUUACAGAGCCGUACCCUAGGUAA